UAAACGAGUGCUUUACAGAGGCGUACGCACAAUGUGACGUAGUAAACGAAAGACAGCAGAAUAUGUCUUCUGGUAAUCGAGGUGUUCUCCAAGUGUUUCGCCGGGCCGCAAGGAAAGCUAAGAAUUUUCGACUCUUCACCAAAAGGUAGGCGUCUCUGUAAUGUAGGUGUUUGUAAAUCGAGUACAUUUGGCAAGGCGGGGGGGUUAGUCUGUCGACAAAAAGAACGCUGUUUGGCCGAAGUCUUCGAAAUUCUCUGUAGUACGAAAACAUUGCAGAAAACAAUUUGAACGAUUCUUCGGGAACACGCAAUAGCUGCGAACACAAGCCUACGCGUAAACACGCGAUUAAGGGUUCGAUCAUUCGGUAGAAGUCGAUUUCAUCGAUCGUGCUCCACAGGGACAAUGAGUGCUUCUGGAUUCUAUUAACCAGAGAUGGAAAUUGAUUAUGGCUCGAAAAGCCCUCGCGAAAUUAUUUUCUUUUCACGAAGGAUUUACUGUUUUGCGAAAUAGAGAGGCCCACUCUUUUCAAAAGCGAGAAAAGUAGCGCAUUUCCUCAGUGCUGAUUUGCUAGGAAACCUUUCCCGAUGCAUGGAUUGCAAGUUCAUCUGACUUGUUUCAGUUUGUUUAUAUCUGGUAUGGAUUUAGAAUCGAAAGGUAGGAUCAAUAGAAUGUUAGCGAUUUUUAUUUUUCGUCCAGGUUCUGGUGGCGAUAUUUUGGUUCAGGUCUAAGAUCGCUAGCAAUUCGCUAAAUGAAGGGUCAAAACUGUUCAAUUGAGCAUCGUUAAGGUCAUUAAGUGUGUUAUCACACGACAAUAACAGGUUUUUUUCCCAUUGUUCACAUGCAAAGCACGCAUGAAAAUAAAACCGAUUGUGUGUUUGAUCUCACCAUACCGUACGAUCGAAGCUACGAUCAAGUUCUUCACGCUUCUAGUCACGCGCGUCUCGAGUGACUCCCCUUGGCGGAAAUCGACUAGAUUUGUAAAAUUACGCUUAGCAAAUAAUCGAGGAAUAUUCAGUCGACCAGUCAGCAAUUUCUUCGGUUAAUUUAUUUAUGUUUGCUUUGAUAUUAGCCAUUGAAUCAAAGUGAUUUUGCUCUGUAUUAUAAUAUUUUCCGGUUGCUCGAGGAGCGAGGCCAGCGAAGACGUCAAGACACCCAUAGCUACACACUUAUUGUUUACAUUUGUCACCUUAAAAUGUUUUUGCGAUUUUCAUUUACAGUUUACAUUACUGACAAAGAAUUGCUUCCUGAUGUAAUUAUUAGUUUUCCGGUCGCUGGUCUAAGGCCAAGCUACCAUGCAUCAACGAACAGUGGAAUAGUAACACCGCGAUAAAAUUUUUCACGCAACAAAUUAGUAAAGCUGUUUUGACUUACUUCAGAUGCUUUGUGUAAAGAAAACAUCAUUGGGCAAACAUUGGUUCUUCUGUCGGUGGUCAAGGCGAUUUUACGGUUCACUAAAUUUCCCUUUACUAAAAAAGUACGAAAGUGGGCAUCGUAAAACCAUGGUACUAUUAUUAUUACGACAUGGACUUUGGUUUUGAAUACUGUCAUCACUGCUCUAUUUCCAAUCGUGGUUGUUUUCACUUCUUUGAAACAAGGACAAUAAAAACGUCAUAUCGACACUGUUACAGGUACACAGACAAACGCUAGCAUCAUCAUGAAUCAAUACACUCAGACACCGUCUCACUCAACAGCAACAAAGACAUUUCAAGGUUAAUCUCAUAGAUAGGAGAUUUUUCAUUUUGACCACGCUUUACAUGACCUUGGCGGGGAGCGGCAGGACACAACGACUCUGGUAAACAAAUGCAUAACCGUAAAUGGUGUUUCUUUUCGUAUAUUGAGCGUUGAAGCGGAAGAGGUGGGCUUAGAUUGAGGGAAUCCAAACAAUUUCAUGUUACCGGUAUUUUAACAAAGCGAAUACCGUUACUGUCGGUUUUUCAUCAAAUUAAGAUGGUUGCUCUACCGCCCGUAUUUAUAGGAUAACUAAAAAACGACAAGUUUCUGGAAGGAAAUCGUUUAGAGGAAUAGCAGCGUCCGAGAUCUUUCUAGAGCUUUUCUGGAAAGGAUUAAAUUAAAAAUCCAUAGAUCUGUAGACCCUUUACUUUCGUGACCUUUCAUUAAAAACGAAUAUUUUUGUUAUCACUGUUUUUGCGGGCUUUUAUUUCGUAUUUUUCUUCGCUUUUUGCGCAAACGAUGCAAACCACGUACGACGUUGAAUAUGUCUCGACUUGACCCAGUAUUUUUCUAGUUUUGAUCGUGUCUCUUGUUUGAUAAUUGAAAAUCAAAAUCAUGCAAAAAUUGGAGUUUGAUCUGACGUACCGAUAAAAAAAGGCAUUUGAAGGAGCAAUAGUGAUUGUUGUGUUCAAAAUAACCAGCAGUUUCGUACCCUGCUUGGAUUUUUAGUUAACAUGCUUUAAGAGAAUAAGAUAGUUACGGAGGAGCAAAUAUUGUAGAUUGUCUUCAAAUAACCAGCACUCUCCUGCCGUGCUUGUUCCAUCAUUUGUAGAGUGAACUGGAGUCUUCCUGUCAUCUGAAGCACCAUUUCCGGUAUGUGUCACGUCCAAAAUUUCGUGACGUACCAGAGAUGUUGAUAGCUUAGAAAAAUAUGACGAUCUUAGAUCAAUACAGAAUGCUGAACCUGAGAAAACAGAUAUGAGAUAAGAUCUGGACCGUUUUUACAGAUUUUAUAUUCAGUUUGAGUGCUCUUUACUACCUGAAAUCUAACACCCUCGUGCAUUAUGUAAUCCGACAAUACCAAGUCACGCAGACGACUUCCGGUGAUGAAGUUAUUCAACUAUAUCCUUCGCCGGUACACAGUCGUCACUUUGUCGCCGGCGAUUCAAAUGCGCAAGUAGAGAGGAACGUAUCAUGCGAGUCCUAGAUUUUUCGUCGGAGACCUUUUACGAUUUGAAACGCUGGUAAGGGAGAAUGAAUUACUCUAAAAUACGUUGAAUAUUGCGUUUGCAACGCGAAUGCCUUGCGAGAUGCUUGUCAACAUUACUGAUGCGCAAGCGCAACCUCAAGUUUUAUUUUCUUUUAUUUCGCCUUAACGGGAAUGACCUGACGUGCGAAAUCUCGUCGCAAAUUUAAUCAUUGAUGUUAGAGGUUGCUGAUGUUAUAGUUUUCGAUGUGGUAUUCUUGAUGCAUAAUGUCCUUGGUGACUGUGUUAAGGUCUCCGUCAACUUCAGACAGCACGAGUUUGGCCACGGAAGAAUCGGUAACAUUUAGUGGACGUGCGCCUUUAGUGUUUUCUCAACUUUUACGAUGAUGUUUGAUCGUCGUGUCGAUGUUUUUAUUUGAUUGAUACACUCUUAGGAUGUUGACGAAGAUCAAGAGGAUAGCUCACUGAAUAGGUCUAGAGCGUAAGUUUUGCCUUGGUUUUAAUCUGAAUCAAUGUUUGCCGACAAAACAGUCAACGGCACAUCUUUUCAAUUAUCGGUCAAGGUGUUAGAGGCUGCAUGUAUCUCAUAGGGCAGCCCGUUACAAGGAAAUAACUUCAUUUUCCACCUCGAGGCUAUGAAAGCGUGAUAAUUAACUUACUUAAAGCCAGGAACUUUUAUCUUUUUGAGCAACUGGGUGCAAUAAAAUUGAGAGAUAAGUUAAAAGGUUUCGAACUUAAUUUCGCUCGCGAUCUUGCUUCUGUUAAAUGCCGCAUUAUGAUUGACUGCGAAUUUGACAUUUGAAAUAAGUUUGAUCAAUAAUUCUCUCAGAUUUGCCUUUCGAACCUUAUUUAUCGUGGCAGAGAAGCAGAUUGAACCUCUGUUUGUUUACGCUAAUAAAGUCACUGCUUCAAAUUUGUUUGAGCGUUGGAAAGUCAAUGAAAAUAUUGUAAGAAUUCGCAGAUGUUCUUGCAUUAACGGACCGCAAAGGUGUUGAGAGAUCUGUGGUCAGAUAAAGUUCUUAGUGUCUUGGUACGGAGCCAAAAUAGUUGCACUUGCCAAAAAUAGCGAAUGUAAGUUGUCAUUUAGGUACCGGUGUCCAGAUUUUAACAACUUUGAUAUUCUUGUACCUAAAAGCAUGUUGAUACCCCCAAAAUUUUUCCAAGUUGGUCAUGUUAGGUUGUGCGAUACCCAUAAAAAUGUUCGAAUUUGUUGAGUGCAACAGUUAGUAAAAUUAAAUAUUUUUUCCUUGAGCAAUCACUGUAAUUAUGCAUAGUUCUAAACUGCAAUUAUUUCAGACAUGUUUCUUAGCUUCUAGGGAUGUAAUUGACUUGUAAACCACAAGGGAAAUUGUUGUCAUUUUGAGGAAGUACUUAAGCCUUUGGUUUUCGUGGACAACUUUUCAGCUACUUGAUAUUGGGUAAAAAUUAGUUCCUUAGGUCAAAAACUGGUUACAAAAUGUGGCCUUAUUUACAUUGUUUUUGUUAGAACAGUAUGGGACCCUGUGUUAAUUUGAGAAACUUCCAUAUCACUCUCCAAGAGGCUUUCACAGUGAAAGAACCAAUAUUUUAUUAAUCACCUCUAUGUCAAAAUUGUAUUUUGUGAGCAGUUAAAACUAUAAUUUGUGUUGGGCAUACAAAAGAAACUGUGUGUACUGUAUGUCAGAAUCAAAGCAGUCUACACAUUAACACCUUUUUUUUAUUUUAAUCCUCUCUAUUAUGAUAGGUGCCAAGGCCUGUACUAAACGCUUUUAAUUACAAGUAAUUUAUUUCCCUGUUCUCCGUUGGUAAUACUUAUUUAGAUGCAUUUUCCUACUAGAGGGUUUCUAUUCAUUUGAUCAUUUUCUGUAAUCGUUUAGUUCAGAUAUCUUUCAAUAGUUUGCUACUUUUCAACUGUUGAUAUGUUUUCUGUAAAGCAGAAGUGUGCUAGGCUUUCUACAAGUAAAAGUGGUUCUUUUAGAGAAACACCUUGUUGCCUGCAUGGCUCCAACAUUGACCGAGGCACCUGUUGAGUUUUCAUGAUGUUUCUGUAGCACUAUUUCAGACUAUUGUGUUGACUUUGGAUCCACAGCUGAGGGCUGAUGCAUGUAAUUAUCUUUUGUCAGGAAUAACAGAUAUUGUGGCUACUGUAGCAUUCAUAAUCCUUAUGCCAUGAAGCAUUCUCAUGGUCAGAAGUUAUUAAUACCCAACAGAUUAGCAUGUAAUUUAUUUUGCUUUACUUUACAUGAGACACAGCUUAACAGUUGGAAAUAUGAAAAGUUAGUCUUACAAUAGAUCAUUAGUACAUUUGUGUAUUCAAAUUCACUUACAUGGGCAUGCUACCAAUUUUCUUUUGAGGCAAAUGAUGUGUGUCUAUAAUGUAAAAUAGGUUUUGGUUAGUCCUGCUGGUCAUUGUCGUUUGUUUGCAUUGAAGCAUCACAGAGGAAAUUUUUGGUUGAAAGUAAAUUAAUAUGGGGUCGAAAAUGUCAUAAAACAAUAUGUUUGUGAAUUACCUGUGCAUUCAUUGAGAUAUGGAGAGUUUGGAGAGCCCUCAUGAAGCCAAGGUUUUUCAAGGCUAAGCCUUUUCAAGUGAUUUUGUUAAUUAGCUUAUAAAGUUAUUCACCUUAAAAAUUUUUUUCAGGUCAAGUUUUGAAGGAUUCUUUGCAUCUAAAGGAGCAGCAUAUGCCCUUCCUGAUGGAGACUUUGCUCGCCGGGCCACAAAGCAUGGAGGUGAGUUUUGUCUUGAACUGAAAUUCUGAAAAAUAAAUCAUGUGUCCCCUAGGAACAACCAAAAGUAACUUUCCCUUUUAAAAUCAAUACGUUUCAAGCAGAAAAGUGAUGAGAAGGGAAAGGAAUUAUUAGUAGAGAAUGUUGUGUGAUUUAACACCAAAAUCUCAGAUCUAAAUUCGUUAGAAAUGAAUGGCAAACAGUCUGGUCAAUGCGAAAUGAUGUUUAUUUUACUAAAAUAUCAGUGCAUUGUCUGCAAGAUUGAUUCAAAAACCAAUCAGAAAUUUAUGAGCAUUUUUUUAUUAGACAGCAAUGUUUCCAUAUUUCAAUGUAUAUUUUGAUGUUUUGUUAAUAAUUCAUGUAUUUAAAUCACAACCAGGGCAGCACUGAUCAAAUUAAAAUGUAUUUCCAUUGUAGGAGAGAUGCAAUUGCAUCUGCAAGCCAUGGUGAACUUACUGCGGGAUGAAGAUGUGCUUAGACUUGUAAGAUUAAAAUUUUGAUUGACUUGCUUGUACACUUUUUAACUUUUGAGCACCUCUAAUUUCUUCUUACUAUUAUUAACCCUUAGUAAAAUCUUAAGCCCUUUAACUACCAGAAGUGACUAACAUGUAACUUCUUCCUAUAAUAGCCAUUCCUUUUCUAGAAAACAGUCAGUGAGAAUACUAAAACUUAUCAGGAAGAAGUUUUUAUCUUGAUCUUACACCAAAUUCUCGUGACUAAUUCACAAGGAAUUGUGUAGCAGCAAGAGGAGAGAAUUAACAAGCAGAUCUUGGGAGUUAAAGGGUCAAGUCACAAGAAUAAAGAAAAUGAUCAGCUUCUAAUGAAGCUCUUGAUGGUUUUACAAAUUCUCCUUGUUAGAACAUUGGAAAUGUACAGAGAACAGUAUGGAGAAUAUGCAUAAUGAUGUUAGGGUUUAGGGAAAUUUUCUCUCUCAAAUCAUAAGAAUGAAGGAACUAGCUAAGUAUAUAUCCAGUGCAAUUAAAUAAUAAUCACUGUCAAGAUCUCACAAAAAAGUAAAAUUAUUUUUACAAAAUACAAUACUGGUACAAAUGUAACUUGAGUAAUCAUGCUUAGAUGGAAAAUAUAAAUUAUGCUUUGCUAAUGACAAGAAGAUCUUUCUUUAUAUUCUCAGUUACAGUAAAGUUAAGUUGUUUGAUAUUUUCGUUUUUAUUUCUGUGACCAGGUCAUCAAACUGGAGUGCCAGUAUCCAAACAGAAUUCGCUAUUUAACAAUUGUGUCAGCAUUUGGUCCAGAUGAAGAAGAGCAGAGUAUUAUCAUGGGAGUGGAUUGGACUGACAAGUAAAUAUAAGUAAAAUAUGAUGCACUUAGGUCCUGCCUAAUUGUUAAUGAGCCAGUAUGUUGUUUACCUCGAUGUGCAUGAAUGCUUUGAGGUUUCAAAUCUUACUUGGGAAUAGAUAAAGAUGUUUUCAUCUUGUCACAAGUGUGGGACAAAGAAAAGAUUCAGAGUCCUCAUGAAGAAUCAAACCUCAGACCUUUGCAUUCCGUGCUCCGAUGCUCUACCACUGAGCCUCAGAGACUCCACAGUGAGCAAGGGCUAUUAUGAAGUUCAUGUGACAUGUGUCCUGCUUACUGCUAGGAUCAGCAUUGUCAAUAGCGGCUUUUUUUUGUAGAUAGAUUCCUCAUGGGGACUCAGAAUUUUUUCUAUGUCCCACGCUCAUGACAGACGAAAAAAUCUUUCUCUGUUUCUUUACCAAGCUCAAAACUUACUAUUUCUCUUAUUUCUACUUACAUGGGAAGUUUAGAUAGCACUGAAAAAGCUAGAGUUGCUCUUAGCUGUGCCUCAAGUACCUCUUACACUUUUGUCAUGCUCUCCAGACUCCUCACAUACAUUCAUAACUCAAAUUGCAUGCAGCCAAAAGUGCUGUUUUUGUUCAUGCCCUCAACUUAUUCCUUGUGACAUGCAUCAUUUAGCAUAAAAAUAAAAUCCUGGGAAAUUGAACUCUUCGUUCCACUUGAAAGACUUCACAGAAGAAGGCAGAGGUACAUUUAGAGGUUGGCUUCUGGUUUGACUUGGUUUUGUAUCAGUCAGUUGGAGCCAUGAGGUUCUCUGAUUUUGGAUAAGGUAGAAUUGAAAGAAAGUCAGAGAAAAGCACUGCCUCCUCUCCCCACAGUAGAAAUAGUUGUGAGUACUGACUAUGCUGUAAGAGGCACGGUGGCCUCACAAUUAGUGUGCUAGACUCCGGAUCGGGUGGUCUGGGUUCAAGCCCUGGCUAGGGUCAUUGUGUUGUUUCUUAGGCAAGACACUUUACUAUCACAGUGCUUCUCUUCACCCAGGUGUACAAAUGGGUACCAGCAAAUGUGCUGGGGGUAACCCUGCGAUGGACUAGCAUCCCAUCCAGGGGGGAGUAGCAAUACUCCUAGCUGCUUCAUGCUAAGAAAACUGGAGUUAAGCACCAGCCCUAUGGGCCACUUGGGCCCGUAUAAAGGCAUUACUUACUGACUAUGCUGCUGUCAAAACUCAAGGAUCUGAUUUGUCUAAAUGGUACACCUGCUAUGUUAUUGCAUAAGAGGAAAUGCUGCAUUACAAGAAAAAUUUGCAUUUAUGUCCAGCUGGGACAUGAAAAACCUUUUCAAAGUUUUAUGAAAAUACAUGUUACUGCCCUUUUGAUUAAUUGCAGCAGUUCACAUAUCCCUGCUCCGAUUGAAAGUGUACUAAAUUCACUUUGGUAAUAACCCUUUAACUGUGAAGAUGUGGUUGUAAAUUCUCCCCUCUAGCUUCUACUCAUUCCUUUGUAAAUCAGUUACGAGAAUUUGAUGAUACAUGUAGAUCAAGAUAACAACUCCUACUUGUCUAAGUUUGAGUAUUCUCAUUACCUGUUUGCUUAAUUAUGUAUGGAUAUUGUAAGGAGAAGUUACAUUUUAAUCACUUCUAGGAGUUAAAUGGUUACGUAAAUUAUCUAAUUUGUUUUUCCUAGUGCCACCAUUGGUUUGGUUGUUCCUCUCUACAGAGAUACAGUCAUAAAGUUAGAUGGUGAUGGGUAAGUGGAAGAAGUAUUCAAGCAGCAAUUACUGUUGCCCAUUCUUUUUCUUUCUCUACAUGGCAGUCAAACUAUAAAAUAAUCUAAGUCCUUAUCAUUUCAUAAAGCUAAAUGUUUCCAAAAUUAUUUAUUACUUUAUUACACCGCAUAUAUCUCUUCUGGUAUCAAAAGGAACAUUAACUAUUGUUGCACAUAUGAUGGGCACUUUCUUUUAAGUCAAAAUUUUAUCAAAGCAGGCUUGAUUUACUUCAGGUUUGCCAUCAUUGUGUUUAUUUCAGUCUAUUACUUCCAAUAUAUUCAAAUUUUCAAUAACUGCAAAGAUUUAAGGGUAGGCUUGACCUGGUCUAACUGCUAAAGGAGCACACUUGCAUGCCCAUGCCCUCACAUGUUGUCUUUUGACUUAGAAACCUAAGAGUACAAGUUUCAUGCUCUCAUAAAAGAAACUCUUUGCAAGGGGUAGUAUGGCUGUGUUUUUGCCCUUACAUCUGCUGUAGGAGAACAUUUGGUAUAAACAGGGUACAUGUUUUAAAAUAUUGAUAGCCAUGUACAUGUAAUUUUAAGACUAAAUUGACAUACUUUUGGUUUCAAUUUGUUAGUGGGUUUAAAAUGACAUCAGCAGAGAAGACAUUCAUUUUCAAGCCCAUUUCUGUGCAAACCAUGUGGUAAGUUGGUAAAUUUGUCAUGUUGGUAAUGGUGAUGUCAUCUAUACGUCUGUUCUUCAACAGAUCAUAAGUAAGAACCAUCAAAAUGCAUGUAUAAUUUAGCUUAUCAUAUUAAUAAUAGUGUAGAACACAUUUCUCUUCUGAGAGAAACUUAUAACUACAGUGUAGUUAUAGGUGGAUUAAGUCAAAGAUUCACCUUCCCCCAGCUUAUGGGCAAACCAUGGCAGUUGGACCAUCAUCUGCACCAAGGGGGUGGGUAAUUUGAACCUUGCCUGGCUGGGGUGGGGAAUUUGAACUGGAAGUGUCAAGUCUUUGUUGCGGAAUACAAUUGUUAUAUAUGUAAUUAUGGAGGUGUUGAAGGUGAUUAAUUCAGUUUUGCAAGCAAAUGGCUCAGAAGAAAUAGUCCAGAAGGUCUAGGUUUUAAAGUUUGGUCAAUGUGUAGAAAGUCACCAUAGCUGAUUUGCCUUUUACGAAAAAAAGCUGGGUGCAGCAUUUGAACACAAUUCUUGCCUGAGGGGGCGGGAAUUUGAAUAAACCAAUCUUCAAAAGUUCAAAUGCCAGGGGGUUGUGUGGGUUAAUGAUGAAGCUUUUUCAUUGAUCAACUCAUUAUACUCCAGCUCUUCUUCUUCAUGAGCUUUUACGUAUGUUUUAGACCAGUAUUCAGUGAAUGUUAUUUUCUGUAAUUUUCCAGGACAGCCCUGCAGUGGAUCCACAAGUGCAGUGACAAUGCUAGGAAGCACAAUUACUAUUACACUAACUGUACAUCUCAUGCCUGGGUUGAUUAUUACUACAGAAAGAUAUCAUCAGACAGAGUGUGUAUGAAUGAAUGGUAAGUUUGAAGUUAGACUGAGUUUAGCUUUUGGAUCAAUGUCAGCAUCUCAGCAACUGCCCAUCUACCCCUCCCCCUAGCCCUGCAACAGUCACUUGAUAACAAGUAAGGGUUACUGUUGGGUAAGGGAAGGGGUAGGUAGGUGCACAGUUGCUCAGAUACUGACAUUGAUCCUAGCUUCUUCCAAGUCAAACAUGAUGUCUAUGUGAUAGUCCAGUCUGGUAAAGAUCCUUUUUCUUUUAGUGACAAGCCUAAUUCUUUCACCUAUGAGAGUGACAGGCAAUUAAUUUCUCCUUAAAUUGUCACUAUUGAGUUAAACAUUAAGGUCAUGACAAUAAAAAAAAAUGAUUGCUCCUGGUUGGUAUACAAAUUCUCCUUGUCAUUUACCCAGGAAAUGUAUAGAGAACUCUAAGGAGUAUAUGCAUACUGAUGUUAGGGUGUAACACCUAAAUAGCCAUUUGUUACUUGAGCUAGGCAGUGUUACUGGAGGCAGUUUUACAUGCAUUUUAAUUUAAAUCUGUAUUGGCCUGAGGGACAUUUUGCUCUUCUUUUAGGCUGUUGUGACAUUUUUUUUAGGCUCUACAACGCUGACUCAAAAGUCGCUCUUUAAUGUUUUCCAACUUCCUUCUUGCAAUUAAUUUGCUUUUGUAGUCUCCCAUCAGGGUAAAGGGAAAGCAAAAGUAUGAUUCUUAUUUGAGUCUAGACUGCAAAAAUGUUUGUUUUUCUUCUCCGGCAUGACACACUUUUCCAUAUUUUAUCUUACUCACUCUACACCCUAAACUCCCAUUCCGUAUCAAGAGAAAAACAACUUGAAAGCAGUAUAUUUUCUGAAAAAGAAAAAAAAAGGAAGUUGAUUUAUACCUUACAUACUUAUUCUAAUGUUGUGUUAUAGGCAGCAAAUGGAUGAACUUGAAUCAAAACGUCCAGAUUCACCAAUUGGCACAACGUAUGUACAGUAGUUCAAUAUAUUUGUGACAUGUUGUGGUGUCAUAAAGGCAUAUUUUGAAUAGUCUAAUAAUUUUGUUUUAAAAUUGCAGCACAGAAAAGGAACUUGUUAUGAAACUUAUUCGCCACAAGCUGAAGGAGGUUGGUACUGUCACACACAACAUAUUUAAAUAUGUGUUCUGUUUUUUAUAAAAUUUGCCUGUUUCUUUUAACUCUUUAACUCCCACAAGUGACCAAGACAGAAUUUCUCCCUAUAAUGUUAAUACAAUAUCAAGCCGACAAGUGAUGAGAAUAAAGAAAAAUAUAAAUUAAGGGAAUAUAAGUUGAUCCAAUACCAAAUUCUCCAAACAAACAUUACAAGAACUGUAUGGCAGACAGUAAGGAGAAUUACUAAUGAGAUCUUGGGAGUUAAAGGGUUAAAAUACUGGUCUUCAGUUAUCUCACUGUUAUUCUUUUUAUCAUUAAAGGUUAUGACGAGAGUUGACCUUGAGGAAGUCACUUGUAGACAGGUACAGAGGGAACCAACAACUUUGAUUUCUGAAAUAAAAAUGUUGCUCUAACUGCCAAAAUUUUCUUCAAGUGCCUCCCUUCCCUUCUGCUUAUUUUAUAGAUGAGAGCUCAGCAUGAGAGGUCACUUUUGACAAAGUACAUGUAGUGACAAGUGCUCAUAUGAAGUGCUGUGUGGUUAAGAAAAGUACACUUGUCUUUGAGUACCAAUUGUGCGACUAUUUUGAUUAAAACUUAUGACGCAACUUUGUUUUUUCCUGUGGCAAAGUACCCUGUCUUGAUCAAGUACACUCUUUCAGUAAACACUGUCUUUUGUACUUGAAAGUUAAAAAAGUUGCUAGUCUCAAUUUGAGGCCUUUUGGUGUCAACUCUUUAGCUUCCAGGAGUGAUUAAAAAGUAACUUCUCACUAUUAGUAAUAUCCAUACAUUAUCCAGCAAAUAGGUAAUGAGAAUGCGUAAACUAAUCAGGUAGAAGUUGUUGUCUUGGCCUUUCACCAAAUUCUCAUUACUAAAUCACAAGGAAAUGUGUACAUGUAGCAGCUAAAAAGUUGAAUUAACCAUCAUUAGCAAUCAGGUCUUGGAAUUAAAUGGUUAAAUAAUUUAUUUUCAUGACUAGAAUUAUAAUUUUGAUGAAAGUUGAUUGGCUUGUACUGUAGUUCACAAUUUUUGUGAUAUGACAAUCUAUAUAACUCAAAAUAUCUGAUUAUUAAUUUUCCCCUCAAGUAGCAACACAUUUUCAUGGAAAUUACAUUUGAAGUUAUGAAAUUGAUGUUAGAUCAAAGUAACAACUUCUGUGUGAUAUUUAAGGUAGAGUUUUCUCAUUAUCUGUUUACUGGAUUAUUUAUGGACAUUAUAAAAAGAAGUUCCAUGUUAAUUAACUUCUGGGACUUAAAGGGUUGAGAAGUACCCACAUUUUGAACAACAUGGCCCAUUUGUCAUUGCUGUUGAGUUAUUAUUUCAUUUUAUGAUAUUUAUGUAUGUCAAGGUUCUUGUUGGUGAUGUAUUUCUUCAUUUGUGUCUCAAUCUUUAAAGAUAAGAAAUAUACUUGAAGAGGAAACACAAAUGGAACUCAAGGAGUACAGAUCUUUUAUUGAUGAAGAAAUGAUAACCAUUUUAGGACAAAUGGACUCUGCAUCCAAAAUAUUUGAUCAUGUUUACCUGGUAAGUAAAUACCAGAUCCUUAUUUCUUUUGGUGAUUGAUGAAAGUGAAGAUAUCUGUCACUAUAACACCUUUCUUUUUGUGUAGGGCUCUGAGUGGAAUGCUUCAAACUUGGAAGAACUUAAAGAAAAUGGGUAAGUAAUUUGAAGGGGGUACAUCGUUUUGAAAUGCAAGGCGAAGGUCUGAUUUUCUUACCCCAAACCGAGUGCAUGUCGUUUCUUGGAUUUCCCAAAAUAUCAUUUGCUUAUCUGGAUCUGGUUGGCACAUGCAAACCUCUUUGCAAUCUAAGUACUGCCCAAUAAAUCUAAAAACUAAUUGGAACAAUGCACAAGGAGGUUAUUGUUUGCCAAUUGCAAUCUUGGUGGAACAAUUUAUGAAAAGAUCAUGAGACUGGAGAUUAAGCCAUGAAAUGUUUAUACCACCCUAGUGAUACUUUCUGUUUCAGAACAAAGGGAGGAUUGAGCCUUUCUAAGAUUUGUUUUUGUUUUUGUUUUUGUUUUUUUGGGGGGAAGGGGGGGGCCGAGGGGGGCUACUAUUCCUCUUCCAGCUCCCUUGACUCUCCCAACUGAUAAUCACACAUGUUCUUUGCCUAUUUCUGAAGCUUUUAUGAUUUAUGGAAACAGAGCUGAUAUUUCUCUUUUUAUAUUUCACCUGUUUAUUUUGACUUUGCAUUCUAAUUAGGAGGAGAAUUUAGCCAGCUCUCAAUCUUUGGAGUCAAAGGUUCAUGACCAGCAUUUUACCCAUACAAUUAAGCACAGUGUAUAUAAUUGUUGAUGAAGUUCCAAGGCAAAAAUUACAAUGAAUUGAUAAAAGAACACUACAAAUUUUCAUGAGUGACCCGUGGUUGCUAGUGUGAGAAAUGACAAACGCAAGAACCAUGCACUCGUUGUGAUAGUUUUGUUUGUAACACGUUGAAAAUAUUUUCGAUUUUGCAGAAUUGGAUACAUCUUGAACAUCACAAGAGAGAUUGAUAACUUUUUUCCGGGGACAUUCCAUUAUCAUAACAUCAGGUGUGUGUCACCAGUUUUAAGUCUGUCAAUUUGCUGAAUGCACUCUUAAUCAGUAUGAUGUACUGUUGUCCUGCAACUCUGUGAGAACGAUAGUUAUUCUCACAAUUACAGGAAUGUCAAAGAGAAAUCGAUAACAAUCUACUGAAAAACUUUACACUGCGACCAUGGAAAAUUAUUGAAACCUUGAUAAAUAAAUGAAUAGAUAAGAUGAACAAAAAUUGUCCUCACCUUACCGGGUUUAUAUUGAGGAAACGCGUACAUUUUGUAAUGAAUUUGCUUCAGCAGUGAAAAUUAAAUAAGAAGUGAAGUGAGACUCCUCUCCGUUACUUUUUUUGUUAUUGAUUUUUCUCCUCUUUUUUCAUCAUUUCAGAGUUUACGAUUUGGACGACACCGAAUUACUUCAUCAUUGGGAUUACACUUACAAGUUCAUACAGAAGGCCAAGUGAGUAAUGAUUCCAGUGCCUGUUUACAACUGACUCCUGCCGGGUAAUGUUAACCCUAGAGCUCCCAUGAGUUGCCAAGACAUCUAUUUUCUCCUUACGUUAUCAAUACAAUAUAAAGCAGAUAAGUGAUGAGAAUAAAGAAAAAUAUUAAAUGAAGAAUUAGUGGUUGAUCCAAUACUAAAUUCCCCGAACUGACAUAAUAAGGAUUGUAUGGCAGAUAGUAAGGAGAAUUCUUGAAAGAGUCAUCCCACUUGGUCAGUUAGAGAGCCGAGCAUAUGCACUGGAAAAACAAUUUCAAGUAAACGUUAACGGGAUUCUUGGUUCAGCCUACCAUCAAAACAGUGUGCGUAAGCGUGGGAAAAACGUAUACCUAGUAUCAGAGAGUGGCGAUACGUUAAGAGUGUGGUAGAUUGUAGCUUAAGUUAAAAUAUAAAGAUUAUGAAGUUUGUACUAGGCGCGAAAAGACAAAUUGGUUUUUUUUCGAGGCGCAUCAAACACCAGUUGUAGUCAAACGCGGAAAUGUGCUCCUGACAUGUAAUUGAUUUUUCUUUCUUUUCUUUUUUCAUGCUUGGUUUUCAGAAAUGCAGGUUCGAAAGUUCUUGUGCAUUGUAGAAUGGGAAUAAGCAGAUCAGCAUCAACCGUAAGCUUCAUUUUUUUUUGUAAAGAUGUUGUAUCGAAUGCUGAGUUAAGUCCGAGGUUUGUCUCUUUGUAUUCAAGGGACUGCUUGCAAUUUAAACAAGAUAGACUUUUGGCAUGUUUACUAUUCCCUUUAUUUUCUUUUCCGUCGAGGCUUCGGCGUCUCUACUUUCCUGCUUUAUUUAUGACUGAUUGGUCGACGCUGUGAUUGAAUGACAGACUGACUUACUGGUUGAGCGAGUGACAGACAGACUGACUGACUGACUGACCCACCGACUGAAUGACUGAUUAACUGUCUGACUAACUGAUUCGCUGAUUGAGUGACUAACUGACCGACUGACAGACAGACUGAUUGAUUGACUGGCUGACAGACUGACUAUCUAACUGACUGAUUGGCUGACUGACUAAAUGACUAACUGAAUAACUGACAGACUGAGUGAAUGACUUAGUGACUGAUUGGCUGACUGAGUGAUUGAAUGAAUGACGGACAGACUGAUUGACUGACUGAAUGGUUGGCUGACUGACUGUCUGAUUGAAUGACUGACAGACAGACAGACUGACUGACUGGUUGAUUGACGGGCGGACAGACAGACUGACAGACAGGCAGAGCAGGCACUAACUUGACACUGAGUCAUUAAUCAACCAACCAAUCGUUUGACCGAGCUACUGACAAUCUACUUCGGGAGAGACCGAGUGUCACGACCAGCUGACCAGCCGAUGUAAUAUUGAUUUAGCUGUCUGUAUUUUUGUUUCUUAGGUUAUCGCUUACGGCAUGAAAGAAUAUGGUUGGUCUUUAGGUGACACUAUGAAGUACGUCAAGGCGCGAAGAAAUGUUGUUCAACCGAAUGCGGGAUUUUGGAAGCAGCUUAUCACUUACGAGGGAAUUUUAAAUUCGAGGUAACUCUCCUCUUGCGCAGUAGACAGGGUAGUGAAAAUUAUUUUUGCUAUGCAGAGGCUUUAAGUGGCUUUCAAACUUCAUUUUAACUUUCCUGUACUCUUUCACCGCCAGUAUCUCAGUAUAAAUUCUCCUUUCCGCUACCCAUAACUUUCUUUUUAUGUUAGUUCUGAGAAUUUCGUGUUUAAUCAAACGAUAGGAAUAUCACUGCCUUUUUGCUCCUUGGUAAAAGAAAGGUGCCCGAAUUGUAGUAUGCCCUUCUAUUAUAAUUCUUCAGGUCUUUUGUGGCAGAUAUGAUGACUUGAUAUGACGACUGUAGAUACAUAUUUUUAAAUGUGCAAUAUUUUUUCUCCCUCAGCAAACAUCGCUACAACAAAAUUUUCAGACAUGAUUCAUUCUCAUCCGAUGCAGAGGAGCUGUCCAAGAGUGCCGUAGGAGCUGUGCAGAAACGGAAAAAGGAGGAACAAUCGAAUGUUGCUGUCCAACAAGAAGUUACGGUCACUCAGAACAAUUUUUCAGAGGAAUGUGAAAGCGAUUCAAACUUAAAAGAGGGAGCAUUACCUUUCGAGGAAAUAGCUAGCGUUGCUGGGGCUACUAUGGUGAAUGCUGAUAAUGGUUUUAUGUCCGAAGGCGCCACGCAGGAGGGUAGCGAUGUGGAUAUUGUGCCCGCGCCUAAUCCAUCAACCGCCUUGGGAUCAAAUUUGAUGGUUGAUUUGGGGGAAGAAGAACCUACGGGGACAAAUUCUGUGCGAGAAAGUUUGAAAGUUUCGGAAAUUGUUCAGAAGAGUUCGUUACAGCGAGUAAGUUCAGUACCUUCUUUAUCAAAUGGUGACCACAAGGGACAGGAGUCAGACAGCGAGUCUACAGGAAAAUUUCGUAGAUCGUGCUCCUUACGAGAGCGUGGUCCCAGAAAAUUGCAACUUCUUCUGAAUGACGCGAAAGCUAAGUCCGCCAGCGACGAGAAUCUAAAAGGAUUCGAGCGUAAAAAGAGGGGAAUUCUCAACUUAGAGGAAAGUAAGAAUAAGGAAUGCACUGGAGAUCUUAGUUCUAUGGGAAACAAACCACACGGAAGCUUGCCAAGGGAUUUAGAUGGUGUAGUUGAAAGCGGUUUUGUGAAACGCCAUUCAAGAAAAUUUGAAGAAGGCGUCCCUUUUGUGCCAUCUGUGACGUUGUCUGAUGAUGCCGGCUCUGAGGCACAAGAAGAAUCUGCUGUUGAACUUUCAAAGACAGCUGAAGAAAGUGAGAAAAUCCCAGAAGAUGCAGAGGAGCAAACUAUCCAAAGCGAAGAACCUGAACCCGGUGUAGUUCGAAAACAUAAAGAGGGUUUUGAAUUGAAACAUCGAGAGAGUUUAACGAGACGAGCGUUACUCCAGCGUGGCGGAAGUGAGGAAGCAAAAAGUGUUAAUCAUGAAGGAAACGAAAUGGAAGGAGUCUCAGUUGCGGACAAUGAUUCGUCUUCAUUGCAAUUUCAAGAAGGGGAGGAGUGCAGGCGCGUCCAUGGUGUUAACGUAGAGGCACUGGUUCAGAAGGUGAACGAGGAUAUGAAAAAGACCGUGUCUGCUCGGAGAAUUUCAGCCUCAAAGAAAGAACAAGAGCUAAGAGUGUUUGUUCAGCAAGCAGGGGAACAAAUGAAAGAGGCACUGAAUAGUGUCGAAAACGAACCUUCGGACGCUAGCACCGACAACUCUGUGUUCGAUGAUGCACGAUCUGAGGAAAUCAGUGAUACGCGCAUCGUUGAGAGUAACACAAUGAAAGACAAACAGGAACUGCUGUGUAAAAGUUCCAGUGUUACAGGAACAUCUACCGAGCCCAGGCAACUUGUCGCUUUCAAGAGUGACUCGAAAAUCACGAAUGUAGCUGAAACAUCAGUCAGUGACACGGAUGGGGGAGAAGAUGUCGAAAAUGUGUUGCAGAGAGGUCUUGUGAAACGGCACACACUUCUUAUUGAGGGGAAACUGCAGCAACCCGAGCACGAAUCAGAGAAGGAACGCGAUUCUCAAGAGGAAAAGGAAAGUGCAGGCUCAGACGACAGAGAAAUGGAAAAAGAGUUAAUAAAAAGUGAAGUCUGUGAUACAUCACAGGAAGAGAUGUGCGUCGGGAGUACUUUGAGUCCGAGCGUUGAGUCAACAGAUCAGAUGAGCCCAGUAAAAGCAGAAAUGUCGGAAUCACCAAAGGAGAGUAAAGAUACAGGGAGUGAUGAGGUUACAACAGAUAUACCCGCUAAGGGUCUGGUGAAACGACAUACGCUGUUGAUAGAAGGGAAGCUUCAGCCAUUGGAGCAAGAGCUGGGUCAAGAAGGCGUGAAAGAACCCGGAAGAGAAAGUGAAAUCACCAAAGACAAGGAAGUGUCGCAAUGGGAAGGUGACGUGGACAAAGAUCGAGAUCAGCCAGACCUGGGAAUUGCACACGAUGCAAAUAUCGGUGUGGAACCAGCAGUUGAAGGAAGAAAAUUAUCUGACAUGUUCGAGGCUACAGAAGACAAAAGGAGUGAACAGGACACGGAGAACAUUCCUAAGAAAGGUUUAGUCAAGCGCCAUACGCUUUUGAUCGAGGGGAAAAUACAACCUCUUGAUCAACAGUUGGACAAAGGUGUCGAGAAAGAAGUGAGAGAUGGUGACGUUGCUCUUGAGAGUCAAUUAGUUGAAAGUGAAGAUCAGUUGCGGUAUCAAAUCGAGGAGCCAGGUGAUCACACGAGUGAUCAGUGGGACGAAGAUGAACAGAACAACAAAACUGCGGCUGGUUUGGUAAAGCGACAAAAACAGCGCAUUGAGGAAAAACUCCAUAUUCCAGUGGUGGAACCCAAAGAAGAGCAAGAGCAGGAGUUGUCGGGCAACGAGAUUGCGACGGUUGAAACCAGUGGAGGAGAAGGUUUCCAAGGAAGUGAUCUGAAGGUUGAGUACGAUGGUGACGAAGAUCAGUUACAAGAAAAGGAGCAAAACGAAUUGGGCGUGGAUACUUCAAGUGUUGUGAAAGUUAAGCAACAGACUCAGCAUUUAGAAGGAAUCAUUCGUGUAGCACACGAUGAGGACAAGAUCAAAAGGCAAUCUUCUAAAGAAGAGGAUCCGAAGUGUAGCGAGCAAUCGCCGAAAGUUGUUAUAGUCCCUCGUUCCUGCUCAGACGAAACUACGGAAGAUGGCGCGGCGGAUGCUGGUAGCGAAGAGAAAAUGGAAGUCCUGAGUGACACGGCUGUUGACAAGGCUCUGACCAAAGCCCAGGACAUUCAAAAAGACUUGGUUGUAGAAAAAGAAAACCUCGAAUUGGAGAAGGAGCAGCCUGUUGACUGGGAAUAUGCAAACGUUCGCCAGAGAACGCAAAUUUUCGAAGCUAUCAUGGGACGGUCUGACCAGGACAUUCAAAAAGACGAUGGAGAGAGUGAAAAUCAAACUAACUCGCUCCGUCGACACCAAUCAAUGUCGAAGGUGUUUCGUGCGUCCGAGAAGCCUACUAUGCGUCGUCGGUCGGUUUCGGAUGUAACCCAGCCUGUUUGGUCGGGUUCCGUUCGUGAAGUCGGUUAUACUAUUCAGUUCAAGAAAAAAGUUGCGGAAUAUUCGGGUUCGUCUUCUCUUCCUCGCGACUGGAGUCCCUUUCACAACAAGCAGAAACGUGAAGAAAAAAGACUGUGCCCAGAAGUAGUGUUUUCCUCUGAAAUAAUUCACCAGGGUGAACUCAAAGAGAAAUCCUGCGGAGAACUUAUCGACAACCAGGACAAAGAAAAUCAGGCUUGUCAGAGCGUAAAAGAGACAAUUCAGGCUUUAGAUUCAAAGAAUCAAAAAAUUAUUAGUAGUAAUUUAAGCUAGAUGCAAGCGCUUGUGCAUUCAAGUUCUCAAAGGAUCGUUCCCAAAUUUGUGGUUUUCAAGAAAUAUAUUUUCUAUUUUGAUUUCAAAUUUGAAUUUUGCACACAGAAAUUACAUUUGCGAAGAAAAUCAUUGGUUAUACAUAGUCUUUUACGAUCAAGAAACUUAAUUUUACCGCCGAAUUUAAAGUAGGCUUUACUCAUCAAGCUUUGGCAAAAUUUGACGGAUGAAACGUUUUUAUCGAGUUGACUCAUUGUUGGUUCGUCACGUGAAGAUUUCAAGCUCUAUUUUACAGUGGAGAAAGAUCUUACCUUUUUGCGAGAUUUGAAAUUGGAGAUAAUUCUUCAUUUCAAAGGAUUAGAUCUUAGCAGACUACAAAUUUGAUACCAAUUUUUCGCUUUUUAUCCAGUGUUACUAUUUUCAGUGAUAUAUGCAAGAUACCAUGCCCUAGAAUCGCAUGAUUUGCUUUGUGUGUUUUUGAAAUAUAACUAAAAGCGGUUUUCAAUUGAACGUGCUAACAUGAAGGCCUCAACUCAGGAAUACAUCAGCCAGCGGUCAUUUUAAACCUACGGAAGCGCGUUGCCAGACGAAGGGGAAAAGACCUGAAUGUUAUUUGGUCUGAUCGGUAGAUCAACGAUCGCGAUUAUUUCAAGCCAGUCACCGAGCGAAGUUAAUUUAACUCAUUGCUGAUGUUUUGGGACAGUUGAGAAUCGCUUUUAUUAAGAUAGCCUUAAGGCGACAUAAAGUGUACUUCACGAUAACAAAUUUCUGAUACCGUCAUAUUCUAUGCUGAAAUACAGAUGGAGCAGAUUUUAUAUGCGUUUCUCUGAAGUUCAGUUGGAAUCUUAUCUCGGCACUUUGAGGAAAGAAAUCUUGAAGUCUAAAAGAUGUUGAGUCAAUUCACCAGUUGAA